AUGCGCCAUGUUGCGAGUGCCAUGACAGCAGUCAAUUUUAAAGGUGUGACAAACACCAUGACAGCACGCAGGAGUUGCGCCAUGUCACCAGCUCGCUUCACGGCGGACAUCUCAGACAGCAAACUUCACCGGCGCCAGACUGUUAAUACAAAAGAGUCGGCAUCAAUGCUGCAAGAGUCUCACGUGGUGUCGCCUGAGGGAGCGGAUGUGUUCGUUAAUCCCUUUACGGGCCGUUUAACUCCGGCAAGCAGCCGUGUGGCGAAGGAGCUGCUGCGUGUGGGUUUUUUGCGGAGUGUGGUGAACCCGUUUCGCCUCACGUGGGAUGCAGCAAAGUGGCGUACAGCGGGUGUUGCCGCGUUGAAGCCUUUUCAGGCACCAGUGGCUGCAUGGCGGAAGAAAUUGGCGGCGUUGCUGACCAGAGCGGACGCCGCUGACGCCGUGGCAGAGGAGGUCCAGCGGUUGUACAAUGAACUCACAAGUGCGUAUUUUCCGCCCAAGCUAGACACCACACACGACCCGCAUCUCUCCUCAAUGAACAUGACACCCGACCAGGAAAACGCCAUCCGCUGUGCCCUGCGUGGGUACAGCAUGUUUAUUGGUGGGGGUGCUGGGACAGGAAAGACUGUGCUUCUUAAGGCGAUGCACCGCCGUCUGACAGAAAUGGGUCUGCGUGUAGCAAUGACAGCAACCACAGGCGUUGCUGCAGUGCAGCUUGGUGGGUGCACGUUUCACCUGGCCUUUGGGGUACCCAUCGGUUCGGGAGAACAUUCCAAGAAGCGGUGGGAUGCCAAUGCGCUCCGUGCGGUGGAUGUUGUGAUUGUGGAUGAAGUCUCCUUGUUGGACGCGGAGCUCUUCAACGCCUUUGAGUUGGAGGCGCGCAUGGCUCGACUUCAAGCGCUUCCGUUUGGCGGUCUGCAGGUGAUCACCUGCGGUGACUUUUUACAACUCUCAGUCGCGGACAGCAUGUUUAGUGGUCUGUGCUACCAGAGUGAGGCCUUCCGUCACCUUAUUGCGGUGCGACUGGUGACGCAGAUGCGUCAGGCGCAGAGUGAUCCCCUGUACACGACGCUGGCACAGCUGCGUGUGGGGAAGUUUGACCGAAAGUCCUUUGCUCUGCUUGACCGAAACAUACCAGAGGACAAGGACAACGUCACGUACAUCUUUCCACGGCGUCGUGACGCACAGAUACUAAAUGACACAAAGUUGAGUGAACUGCAGAGUGAGGAGAUGACGUUUACGCCGCAGCGUGGUCCGCUGAAGCUCAUUGGGAGCUUUACCCCCGCUGGCUUCAUUGAGUUUGCCAAGAAACAGACGCUCGUGAGCCGUGAGGAGGUGGUGCAGGUUUUGACAGAGGAGGUUAGAAGAGUCGCCGCGGUGGAUAUCGUGGACCACAACGUUGUGGUCAUGCCAACUCGAAUAGAGAAAAACGGUAUGCUUAUUCGUCUCCGCAACCCGGAUGACAUUGGGGCAGGAAGACCUAACGCUGCCGGUGGCGGCAACGAAAGCAGGAGCAGCGGCUGCAGGAGUGGGACUGCACACAGUCGUGGCGGCAGCACCGUCCCAGAGGACAGCUGGAAAACAAUCUUGGAGGCCACCGCAACGCGUCUCAAGGCAACACUUCGAGGAGUAUAUGCAGAGGACAUGCAAGAGUUUGUCCCUAUCAGUCUCUCCAUGAUGCUUGCCGAUGCCUCAAAUCACCCAAACACCGAACACCUCAUGCCAUUGCGGCUAAAGUUGGGCUGCCGUGUUAUGAUCAAUCGGAAUCUCUCACGGACGGUUUCGAAUGGUAGCGUUGGUGUGGUUGAGGCCUUUGCUGUACCCAACCCGGAGUUGUUUCCCCGGCGUCAUGAGGCCCCGGUGAGGACAAUUUAUGGACGGCUGAUUGAGAAGAACAUGUUUUCAAAACUCCCUAUUGUUCGCUUCUUGGACGGUGAGGUCGUGCAGGUGCCGCCCCUUUCUCUCAUGGUGGGCGGCACACCCUCAACUUUCUUUUACGGUCAUGAACUGUAUCUGUUGCCGUUGCAGCUGGGCUACGGGUUUACGGUCCACAAGGUACAGGGGCUCACUCUGCAAGGGACUGUUGUACUGGACUGCAAGAACUUCUUUGCGUGUCCACAUCUCAUAUACGUGGCUUGCUCUCGUGUGCGGUCUUUGGAUCAACUCAUUGUGAAAAACAUAAAGGCAGACAUGGUCAUUGUGAAGCGGAGUGCGUUAGAGUUUUCGGAGCAACUACGAGAUGCUACAGACAUCACAAAUUUGGUACCACCGGAGGGCUGCACUCAGGCGUCUUGGGUGGGCCGCCUGUCUCCAUGUCUCAUGGGUUUAAGUGAGUGA